UUUCAGGAUGUUGGAGGACAGACUAAGGUUUGGUGAAGAAAUGAAUUUCCUUGAGUGGCAGAGAAGAUACAAUCUGGAGUCACAGUCCACUCUUCCACCACCACCUCUUCCACCACGAUCACUUAUCACUGGUCUCCCUACUUCUGUGUUUCUUCCUGUGGUGCCUCCUAAGCGACCAGACUCUUCUGAUGACAAGCAUGUCUUAGCAAAACAUUCAAGUAUUUAUCCAAAGGAAGAAGAAUUGAGUGCAGUUCAGAAAUUGGUUACAACUACGGAGAAAGCAUUAAAACUGGUUUCUGACUUUUUGUCUGAAAGUGAUAGGCCUAAACAAGUUGUUGACAAACCCACGAUUAAGGAGGAAGAUCCAGAACUGAGCAAGGAAGACCAGCAGCCUCCAAGAGUACUGAAAGGAGUGAUGAGAGUUGGAGUGCUGGCUAAAGGCCUGCUCUUGACCGGUCACUUGAACGUCCAGUUGGUUGUGAUGUGUACUGAAAAACCUACACGAACACUUUUAGAAAGAGUGGCAGACAAUUUACCUAAACAGUUGAAA